AUUUUGAACACAGCAAACCCAGCUGAAACUUCUCUAAAAAAUAACUGCCGCUUCUCGUUUCUUUUAACGCCUUCUCUUUCACAUAUGUCUCGAAACGAUACAUCACUACGGCCAUUAUCUUCAAACGCAGUAUCUGCGAAAGAAUUAGCAAGGUAAGGACGCCCUCAAGCGGUCAUAGUCGGUGGUCAUUUGCAGCGUUGUGAGAAACAUGUCUUAAAUUAUUUACAAAACCAGCCGCAAUUGAUUUUUUUUACCGCCCUGCUCGUUUUUAGAUGUUUAGGUCUUGUAAAGAAGAGGCCCUCAUCCUCCACGAGCCGAUCUAAGGGUCAAGGAAAAGAGAAAAAACCAAGUAAGAAAUCCAGGCCAAUUUAUUUGGAGAAGAGGCACAUAAUUAUAUUACACACUGAAUUUAUUAGUAAGCUUAACACCUUUUUAGUUUCUUUUAGCUGUCUUCAAAUUUGAAUCUCGAAUCAAUGUAAAUUAUCUGCAUCGAUAAUGCAAUAUAUAUAUAUAUAUAUAUAUAUAUAUAUAUAUACAUUGUUCCUUUGUAUUUUUUAAAUACUAGAUUUUCUGCUAUCUACAAAUAGCUGCAAAUGCUAGAUAUUCAUCAAUGAUCAAAUUAAAGAAAAUAAUUAAUCAAUUAUUAUUAGAUCAUAAAGUGAAAAAAGGCUUGCAGAUUACUAUACUGUCAUUAAAUCUUUGACAAUUGUAUAUUGUAAAAUUCUCUAUUGAUGUUGUCUUUUUUUAACAAUGACAGGCCAAUAUUUUACAUACUUGAUUGUUCUUGACUUUGAAUCAACAUGCUGGAAAGACAAGAAAAUGAACUAUGGUCCUGAGAUCAGUAAGUCAUCAAUAGUAUGAGCUGAUUGUGUAGGAACUCAGGGCUCUAUUUAAUGACCUUCUUCAGCAUGUGCUAGGUGAACAUAUUCCUCAGAGACUCUGAGGCUGUCAUAGCGAAAAUUUUGGUUUUGAAAAUCACUUUCGGUAACCCAUCAAAUAGACCUUGUCACGGUUUUCGACGCCAUCUUGAUGAGUAGGCAAACGCGUGAGAAAUUACAGUGUUUGUAUGAGAAUCUAAUGUGUAGUUCCAGAAAAUAUCCAGACCCCCACCACGGAGGGAAUUGGAAAUUCCAGGGGGGUGGGGGGUCAGAGGCCCAGGAAAUUCCCGAAGGGAGGGGGGUUGGACCAUAAAAUCACUUUCCAGGGGGGCAAUAUCAUUUCGUUUUCGACCUGAGUUCGAACAUUGCUUCUUACCGACCUGGUAGAUCAUUUUUAGGACAUAAAUAACUUGAAAUGUAUGACUUAAGGUUGUUCCUUUUGAUCUUAACCAGGUUUCCUUUCUUCCAAAAGCGUUUUGGAUGUAAUUUCAAAGGAAUUAGACCGACUACAACUCGUUUUAUCGCAUGCUCGUAUAUUCGGCCGCCAUUACUCGUUACCAGUCUUCCUCAACACAUCAACGCGUGCAACACAUCACGCAACACAUCACGUUGCGUCAGUCGAUUGAUAGAUCAGAAGAGUGGCAAUUUUGCUUCACAAAGCACAAGCUAUGCAUUGUAACCAUUUUAGAAUGUUGAGUUUUUAUUCUCCGUUUCAUUUUCCCUUAAUUUUGUGGCUGAACGUGUCGCAUCUUUAUGAUCGAAUUCCCGCUAAAAUGGUGUCGAUUUCACCAAACAUUUAUACGGCCAUCGCGCAUCAAGUCGCAUCAGUCGAUCGAAAAACAGUAAAUUGAACUUGGUUUCCCUUCAAGUACCUUCAAGAUGCAGGGGGUAUUCAUUGUUAUUAUUUCAGAAUUCAGAGUUUUUAUUCUCCUCUUUGUUUUGCAUUAAUUUUGUGGUCGUAAGUUUGACUUGUUCUGCAUUCCCGCACGAAAUAGCGUUAAUUCUAUCAACAUUACGCCCAUGAGACGAAUAAUAAAUCGUAAGCUUGCCCUGAUUAAGGUAAAUUCACAAAUAUAAUCGACUUAUUAACUUUCUCUCUUUCAUUUAAAGUAAGAGAUGAGCAACAAUUACAGAUCAGGUUACUUUGUGGUGGUGUAGUGUGUUUUAAUGUUGCAAGAUCACUCAAAUAAAUGGAAACAGAAGCAUACAAGCUUCUGAUGGAAACCGUUGGGUACUAACCAUAAGUUGCCUCAUUCUUCUACUUUAAUAGUCUUUCUUCGUGAAAAUGAACUUUUCCAGAGGGGUUGGGGGGUCUUUGUCACACUUGUGGAAAUUCCGAAGGGGUGGGGGGUCAUCAGUUCCCUGCAAAAAUGGAAAAUCCAGGGAGGUGGGGGGGUCCUAAGUGAAAUUCCCUCCGUGGUGGGGGUCUGGAUAUUUUCUGGAACUACACAAUGUUGAGUAAUUCCCAUAGAACGGCUGUUCUGAAAAAAAUAUCAAUUGUAAACUAAAGCUUCAUUCUUAAGGAUUGUACUAAAAAAAAUGAGGGCGUUACAUGCGCUAGAAGACCUAGAACCACUUUUUAAAAUUUUUUAUACAUUUGUCUGUAAUUUUUCUGUACAUUUGUCCCGGGUAAAAUUAGAGACAAAUAUAUGGAAAAUCUAAAGCAAGUCUCUAGGGAAAUUUUAGGACAGGUAUGCCCCGUAAAUUUUUCAGUACAAUCCUUUGCUUUGUAGCUUUAGUUAACAAUUCAUAUUUUUUCCAGAACAGCCGUUUUACGGAAAUUAUUCAACAUUAGAUUCUCAUACAAACACCGUCGAAAUCCAUGACAAGGUCUAAUGACCGAAAGUCACCUGGCCUGAAGAUACUGUGUCACCUGAAACUAGUCAUGUUACCUGAAAUAUAUAGUUAUGUCACCCAAAAUUUUAUCAGGUGCAAUACACAGAGAAAUAAAAAUGAAUAAAGGAGUGUGUGAAAUAUAUCUUGCUCUUGAAGCCAUAAGACAUAACAACGCAAUUUAUUUGUAUUGUAUGUCUAAUGUGCUAUGAUGAGACAAGAAGUCUGACAAGUGAGUAAUGUAUCUCGUUUUUUAAGCCUUGAUAAGCAAAAAAAGUAUUUCUGGUGACUUUAUGCUAACAACUGAGUAAAGUUGAUAACCUCACUGAAUAUAUUACCAGAAAAGAUUGAAAAACUGACAAUUUGAACACUAGCUCUAUAUUAAUAGAGCGAGUCGGGACUUUAGGUGUAGUGCAUACACUGUUCUCUUAAUCAAAAUUAAUGAGGAAUUCCCUUUUUGUUCACUGUUGACACUUUCUGGUGCUAUAUGAUUGCUACAACCAGUUGCAAAAGUACUUGAGACACUGUACCGUAUUUUGGCAUAAAUGGCCUGCCCAUGAUUUUGUGCUUGUGAUGCCCCCUCCACCCCUUAUCAAAGUUGCUAGCAAUACAAGACCAUACUCAAACAACUUUGAAUUGGAGGGAGGAGGGAGGUCAGUAUUAUAUUUUACAGACCUGUGACCAGGAGCGAUUUGAAGCAAGAAAGGUCGUUUUCCCGUGGGAGUGUCUCAUCAUUUUUGUAACUGGUUGUAGCUUGGACAUCUUCCAUGCCUCCCUGGUGGGUGGGUGGGGGGGAGUUUUAGGAGGGUCCAAACCUUCUGACUCCAGUACCCUGCAUUAACAGCUCCCACCCCUUUUUUCUUGGCUUCCCCCGUCAGUCCUUUUUUGAUUGCAAUUAUUGAGUAAUUUCUCCCACUUCCUCCCCUUUUAGAACUCUCAUGUCCCACUCUUUCCUCUCCCGCCUUCUGUACCCCUCCUGCCCCCUAUUGUCCUGGACUCCCUUCUCCCCAUCCUCACCCACUGGUUUGCUUGUUAAACAAAGGAAGAGUUACAUGUAAGAUGAGAUGACAAUAGCGCCAUUUGUACAAAGAAAAAUAAGAUGCGUCUUGCAUAAGACGUGUCUUAAAUAAGAAGUGAACUGUACCAUUUAUACCAGCAUGUCUUAUCUAAGACGAGAACAGCUCAUAUAAAUGGUUCGUGCCUUAUUUCUGUUCUUAACUCGUUUUCAUGUGAAUGUUGCCCAUAGCAACGGCAAUCCAACGUGGCGCACCAAAAAUUAAUGCAUGCGUACUAUGCGUUUGCAUCUUAUGUAAGACACGAAGGUCAUUUAUAAGACGCGUCUUAGCUAAGCCGCAUCUUAUUUUAGAUAAAAUGUGCCGUUUAUACGGAAAGUUCGUGUCUUAUUUAAGACGCGUCAGGACGCAUAUUAUAUUUCCUCGUAUAAAUGGCCCUAAUGUGUUACUUAGGAUCUGUUACCUAAUGCACCUUAUUGUUUUCCUUAAGGUGAUUCCCCAGUAAAAGACUAGAUAAAAACGAGAGAUUUUUUUGAUGAUGCAUGUGGUAUCGCACAGAAUUUGACUUUAUUGUAUUGUUUAUCCACUUACAUACCAGAAAAAUAUCUUUUAAUGCUCCUGUUUUUAUUUUACGCUCCAAAGUAGAAUUGAAUUGGACACGCGCUAUUCGACCUGUGAUAUGCUCAAUCCGUACAAUUUAGUAAAAUUGCCAAAAAACUGAACAUAGAUUUGUGUAAAUUUUUUUCUCAUCGAAAGGAAGCACUGUCCCUAUUAAAAUCAUGAAAUAAAAAAUGGGGGUCACCGUACUUGUUUUUGUGGUAGAGCUGCAGAAAGUGUGUACCAAAUGCAUUUUCUCCGAGUUUUGAGAGAGGACUGGGGCGAGUUUCAAAAUAGAAUGUAUGUGAAAGGGGGAAGAAAGUAUUAAAAAAUCUGUUUUUACAGAAUUUACAUCAAGAUAUCACAUUUAGGAUACACUGUGAUAAAGAAAGCGUUCAAAUAAAAAUCAAAGUGAGUAAGCACAAGUUAAACAUGCACUAUCGAGGUUCUCCGUGAGGAAGUCAAACUCAGCAAAAGGCAUACUGCCUAUGUUGUGCACAUUCCCAUUACUCACUGAGUUUCACCUCGGCAAGAAACAACCGCAAGCAAAAAUUCCAAUGGCAUUUCUCUUCAGUCAGCUUCAUUUUAAUAAUGUUACUUCACAUGCUCUUUUUUACGGCAGCCAUCUUGUUAUGCACAGUAAGAGAUGCGCAGUGCAAAACCAGGGAAUCACCUUAAUAUGUUUGUCAUCUGUUUUGUUUUGUUUUGAGCAGUUGAAUUUCCUGCUGUGCUUCUAAAUACUUCAACUGGUGAGAUGGAAUCAGAAUUUCACAUGUUUGUACAACCAAGUGAGCAUGCAAGACUAAGUGAGUUCUGUACAGAGCUAACAGGUAUCACUCAGGUACAGUGGCCUACAUUUUUAGUUUCCCUUUGAUCCUGUUGCACAUUCAGUCAGGAGUUAUGGGCCAUAGUUAUAAUGCUUGAAUUAGCGUCCACCUCCAAAUUAGAUUAUUACCCACUCUUCAAUUUAGCACCCCUGGUACUUUAAGCUAAAAAUAGUUAAUAAGCACCCACCUGAAUAAGACAAAAUAGUGAUUAAACCCCACGUAUGGGUGAGGUGCUUAGAUUAAGGGUUUUUUAACUGAUUCUUUUAUGUUCUGCAGACUCAAGUGAAUGAAGGAGUUCCAGUUGGGACAUGUCUCAUGUUGUUUGGAUGCUGGUUACAGGAGAUGAGAGAGAAAAAAGGCUUCAAAUUUCCCUGUGAUCAGAUGUUAAACAAAGAUGAAAAUAAGCCCACAGAGGAUUUGACAAAAUGGUGCACAUUUGUGACAUGGUCAGGUAUUUGAUUGAAUUAUCUGCUAUCAAACCAGUUCAAUCCCAGUUUUCUCCUCCUAAAGGGCAAUUUCAAUGUGCAUGUUAUGAAAUAAUUGAUAGUUCACCAGGGGUUUCAAUAAUCACUGACGACCAACGAAACACGUCGGCUACUUUGCUUAGAGGAGUCUGCUACCUUUUUCCCCUUAAUUGGAAGCUGGAAAUAAAGUAUAAAAUUAAAGAUAGAUUCUUUCAAAACUUAAAUUUAAAUUUAAUUUGCUGGACCUAGACAGGCCUUUUGCUUCAGAUUUAAAAUCAUGUUAAAGAAAAGUUGGGACUUCCUGUGCAUUACUUCUCCAAAUUGAUCGAAAAUACAUUCUCUUUUGCACUUAAUCUAGUGCCCAGAAUGCUUGAAAUCGCAUUUUAAGGUAUUGAAAUUUCGAAAUUUUUUCAGGGGUGCACGCCCCCAGACCUCUCUGGAAGAAGGGGCGUAAAAGCCUAAGUUUUGAUACAGUCAGUCACUUUUUUAAAGCCAGCUGGCUACUUCCAAUUUUAUUGAAACCGCUGGUUCACUGAUAGAGAUGUAGGAAUAAAGAGAAGGGGGAGUCAAUAAUAUUUUUAUUGUAAUAAAAAUAAACUUUCUCAUCUUCAGGGAAACUUUUAUAGUUUAGUAUAAAAUAACUAGAAAAAGCAUUUCAGACAGUCAACUACAAAAUUUGAAAAAAAGCAAUAUUGCAUAUUUUUGACUAUUGAGUCACUUAGAUCUCUGUUUUUGUUUCCUUUAAAAUCAAUAUAUGUUCAAUGAUGAAGAUUGGGACUUGGGAACUUGUCUCAAGAAUGAAUGCUACAGAAAGCAGUUAAGAGUGCCACAUCCCCUAAGAAGCUGGAUUGACCUGCGAGCAACAUACAAGGUUUGUAUAGUGCAAUGGUGCCUAAGGGACAAGUUCACUGCUAGUAGUACCUUAAGAUGGUUGUACAGGGGACCGGGACCAUUUUACCUCAGCUUACAUUCAAGUUAAAAUAAUAUUAUAAAAUUAGGAGUGAGAAAACUAGAAAAUUGCUUCCUCCAGUCUUCUCAUGAGAGCUUGUUCUGUUGACUUACUAAAAGUGCAGGAGGGCUGAAUGUUAAGACCUUGUAAGAUUAUUUUUGUCCCUAGAUUAAAUAAAAGUAAGAGUGACAAAUUAUCCUGCUAUAAAGUGCUCUAGUAGGAGUUUUGUGACUGGUUAGCCAGCUAGUGUAUGACAGCUAGCAAUAUAUCUUGAAAAAAAACUUUAAAGUAUUUAUGCAAUAAUCGCCUACAUUGCACAGUGCUACAAAUAGUCCUACUGAGUAAAUCAACAAUAUCGCCUGAUAAAAACCUGCAGUAUGUAGUCAAAAUGGCACAAUCAAUGUCGAAAGUAACUAUCAUGAGUCAAACGAUAAACGAAACCGUUUAUGGUAUAAACAUGUACACAUAUUGUACUCCAUAUAAAUACUUAACAAUAGUAAAUCACAGCAAGAUGGAGAACACUGUUCUUUUCAGUCUAUGAAUACUGAGAAAGGAGUAGCAAUUAACCAAAUUUCUAGCCGGUCUUAUAUUAGUCACCCUGUAAUUGCAAGGAAUAAUGCAUUUGGCGCAGGACAUCUAAUCUUAAUGAGUCCAUCCUAGACUGCACAAAACAUUCUUUCUCUACUUGCAGUGAGGCAAAUUUUCUUUGGUUUGCUAUAAUCAUUUAAGCUAAAAGAAAUUGUAAGAGCAACAUUUUUCUCUUUAAAUGAAAUUUGGUUUUACCUUAUUGAUUCUACAGAACUUUUACAGUCGUAAGCCUCAAGGACUAGCAGGGGCUCUUCAAGACCUUGGGAUUCAAUUUGCUGGUAGAGAACAUUCAGGUACUAUUAAUUAUUCUUUAAAAAAAAAAACAGGUUUUGGUUGCUUUCUGAUUACACUUUUUCAUUGAGAUGUGAAAGAAACUACACUGGAAAUGGUCUAAUAAGGGAAACAAAAUAAUUAAAAUAGAAAAAUACAGUUGUCCUGCAUUUGUUGGUUUGUCCAACAAAUGGACAAUAGGGAGCAAGCCGGUGGUGCAGUGGUGAGAGCACCCACCUCCCACCAAUGUGUAGGCUCAGUCUCCAGCCUUAGGUGUCUCGAUGCACCCACGGGGGAGACACCCAUUCAUUCAUUCAUUCUUUAUUUGCCAUAUAUACAAAAUUUUACAAUGCAAGAUGGAAAUGAUAUGGGAUUAAAGAAAAAGUAAAUGGCAAGGAGACCUGAAAGAAACCACGAGGCUCAUAAUGAGUCAGGUCUCCUCAACUUAGGAUAAACUAGUCUUGAUAUAAUAAUUGGAGACUGAGCCUAACCAAUGUGGCUUGGGUUCUAAUCCCAACAUUAACACCAUAAUGUGGGUUGAGUUUGUUGUUAGUUCUCUCCAAGAGGUUUUUCUCCAGGUAUNGAUGCUCGAAACACAGCUCGCUUAGCAUGGAGGAUGGUGUCUGAUGGAUGCAUCAUGCAGAUAACAAAAAGCACUGAUGGGGUGAAUAUACCUAGAACAUAGAGCUAAAAAAAUAAGACAAAAUAAUAAUUGCUCCUUUGCUAAAAAGGAAUGACAUUUUGGCUAAGUUAUUAGAAAAUUAGUUACAUGUGUAUUAUUAUACAUGUAUUACUUGCAGUAAUUAUUAUAAAUCAAAAAUAUAUAUCUUAUAGAAGAAAUGAGGUACCAUUAUUAUGUGUACAAUAGACAAUAACAAAAGGGAAUCAGUCCGUAUGUAACUCACCGAAUGGUCAAAGUUGAUUCUCGAAGAUUGCACCGAAGUGUACAGGAUAGUAAACAUUUUUGCAAACAAUGCGGAGCAAGUUAGUAAUCGAAAAGAUAAACAUAAGUGGUAUCUGAGCAAAGCAGAGUUUGUUGCAUUGUUACAAUAGACUGCCCCCCGUUUAUUAAUUACACUGACCAAAGUUUUUCAAAAAUGUAGUUAAUAUGAUAUAAUCUAUGGUGAACAAUAAAAUUAAUUUAUGAUGAGUAUUUGUUUAAUUGUUGUGCUGUCCUCACCAACCUAGCUUAAAAGUGAAAAUUUUCGAAAAAAAAAAUUAAGACUAGUGUUCCGUGUUUUUUCUCUUACAAAGAUAAAAAAGAACUGUCAUUUUUUUUAGAAAUGACCUAUUAUAGCCACUGAUCCUUGCUUCAUACGUAAUCUUGAACGGGCUCGUCCCAAGCAAUUUAUUAUAAACGGGGAAGAAAAAUGACACUACUCCCACACAGACGUUCUUAGGGGUUCGUCACGCGUUAAGAAGAUCUGCAUGGAACGCCAAGCAGUAGCGAGUUAACUCUUUCUCUAUGCAUCAUUCCGCUAAUUAAAUCUCUUAGAUUGCUUAUUUCUCAAACAUAAUCUUAAGACUUUAUUAAUUUUGUUGUUCUAGGCAGUGGAAAAACUUUGGAACAUUGUGGCUAUGAAACCUGGUCUUUCCCCAAAAAAUUUGAAAGCAAACGGUACUGGGGCAUUCCAUACCAGUAACCAGAGUAAUUUGAUGUCUGAAGAUAUGCACGUUCUUCAUAACAAAUAUCACGCUAGACCGUCUAAAAACUGUACCGAUGAAACAAGUGUAAACAAAAGUUUAAACUUUGGUGAUUUUCAAGCGCAGAAUCAAUACAGAAAUGGCACAAGACAGGAGACCACUGUGAAAAGCGAGAUAAAAGAGCCCAGAUCUGUCCAGAUUCCUGGAAAUAGAUUGACAAAUCAUCACGAUAAACCGUCUAAAAGCUGCACUGAAGAGAUAAGUGUAAACGAAAUCUUAAGCUUUGGUAAGGUUCAAGAAGAGUGUCAUGAUGUACAUGUACAUGGCACACGACAGAGCAUCACUGUAAAAAGGGAACUGACAGGUGCCAGAGCUGACCAGUUUCCUGAAAAUAAAAUGACAAAUCUAAGGGAAAAAAGCUGGGGAGCUGUGAAGAGUGGGAAUAACAGUGAAGCAAAUGGCCGAAAUAAAAGGAGAGCAUCGGUAAGUUCUGUUUGUGAAGGCAUUCCUGUUGUGAAUUGCGAUGGGGUCUGUGCCACACCAAAAAACACUCCCAAGUCUCUUAUAACUCCUGCCACGUGCUUAACAAGUCUGAACAAAAGAGCAAGAGGAUGCUGUGAUGGUUUGUUUAAGAGUGAACUGCAGAGCUGCUCAACACAAGGGUUUCUUGUGAAAAGAGGUCUUGCUAAACAGACACUGAGCUACCAUCAGCAUACACCUUUGAGAAGCCAUAAUCAGCGAGUAUUACCUGGAACGGGACAAAAGGAUUACACUGCCUGUAACCAACCAUGCAAGGCAUCAAAUAUUGAACCUCGGAGUGUGAAAACGCCCCUGUUCAGGUUACCAACAAACCAAAGCUUAAUCGAAGAAAGACAUCUGGUAGAAGGACUAAAAAACAAUAAAUCUAUAGCAGUAGCUUCGAAUAACAUUGGAAUAACAGCUAUAAGCAAACCAAUGGCAAAAGCAGCGACUGUUGUAACCACUCCCAGUUCAAUAUACUUGAACAAACCAUGUACUACUCCAAUACGAAAAUUUCCUUUUUUCAACCCACCCCUUAAUAGGAACAUGAACUCCCCCGUUACUACCCCUGUGGCUUGCUUCAAUGGAGGUGGUAUUACCCCACCCCUGUGUCAUUGUGGGCGUCGUUCUCGGCGCAGAGCAGUCAUCAAUCCGGGUCCUAAUCAGGGAAGAGCUUUCUUUACAUGCUCUAGUCACGGGAGAACAACUUCUGGUGCAAACGCUGAUAAAAAGAAGUCUAAAAGUGGUUGUAAAUUUUUUCGUUGGGAGGUCCGUUUGUAA